CAAUUUAAUAAAAGAACCCCGAAGAAAGAACUUUGAUAAAGCACGCAAGUGCAAUUUGCCAUAUGAUAAUUCACCUGCCCGCAAUAGACGUCUAAGGGCGGCGGGCAUGCGUGCUGCACAAGCACAUGAGCGAGUACGUAGUUGGUACUGAAAAUCAAUGAAUUUGUCUCCCGUCCUUCAGCUUGGUCUCUCUGGCAAGCGAGGAGAUGGAACAGACGUUUGAUCUCGGAGAGAAGUUGACUAUUGAGCCGACGCUGCUGCGAGCAGUUUUAGACAUUUGAGGCAUGCAAACCGUGUGUUGUUCUCGGCAUUUUGUUUUAAUUUGCAUCUUCCAAAUGUGAAUGAUGGACGUUACAAGCCCCGCAAAAAGCUCAGUUAAGUCUGAAGAUGACAUAUCCGCCCUCGAGGACGUCCUGGACAUGUGGGAAGAGGAGUGCACCAAACCCAAAUUGCAGGCAAAUAAUGCUUCACUCACCGCCGAGUCAAAGUCCGAAGAAGAGAGCCCCGUCAAAACAGGACCAGAAAUGCCACAACUAGGCAUGAAAAGAAGGGCUGCUGAGGCCAAUGAUAUGGCCAAGAAAAAGCGCAAAAAGAACAACGCUUUGGGCCCCUUGCAGCCGAAGAAUGCUGUUUGCGCCCUGAACGAACUCCGACCUGGUCUGGAGUACAGCAUGGUCUCUCAGGAGGGUCCAACACAUUCACCCCUUUUUACAAUGAGCAUUGAAGUCAACGACCAGAAAUUUGUCGCCACAGGUCGAUCCAAGAGACUGGCAAAGCAGGCCGUGGCAGAAAAGGCCCUGCAGAGUUUUCUGCAAUUCAAGAAUGAGGCCGACACCAGGCAAGCCAUGGGACGUCCUGUGCACCCUAAACACAUGGACAUUGACUUCACAUCAGACGUGUCCGAAUUCGACAUGACUCCGUUUGACCCGAACGCCGUCAAGGCCCCAGGAAUCAAAUCCGCUCCAAUUCCACAGGCGAAACCGACUGUGGCCCCACCAACGUCAAUUGCAGCUUCGUCUGCAACCAGCAAAGCUCAGGAGCAAAAACCAGGCCCUUCAAAUGCAGCAGCAAACCCUGUACUUACACUGCAGCAGCAGAAGCAGGCAAAACUUGCAAAGAUUUCCCCACUGGAGAAAAAUCCAGUGACCAUUUUGAAUGAGUUGGUGCCCGGCACCAAAUUCGAGUGUGUCGGAGAGAGCGGGGAGGCCAACACAAAAUUCACCAUGGCUGUGACGGUCGAAGGGCAACUCUUUAAGGGAUCAGGACCAAGCAAGAAAUUAGGAAAAGCAGCUGCCGCCAAGGGAGCCUUGUUGAAACUUUACGAUUUGAAUUUCUCCCCUUUCCAAGGGAUUCGCUCACAGCCCAAUCCAGCUUUGGGUCCAAACCAGAAUUACGUCACUCUUCCUCAAGUUCUGGCUGAUCAUAUCGCAAAUCUAGUGCUUGAGAAGUUUUCUGCCCUGAUGGUAAGCAAGCCCGCUCAUUCUGGCAGAAAGGUGCUGGCUGGCAUUGUGAUGACCACCGGCUCGGCCAUGGAUGACGUGUCUGUGAUUGGAGUCACGACUGGCACAAAGUGCAUCAAUGGAGAACACAUGAGUGACUUGGGCAGCAGCCUUAAUGACACCCACGCUGAAAUCGUCGCCCGCAGAUGUCUUUGUGAUUUUUUGUACUCGCAGCUUGAGCUUCACACCAAACCAGAAACUGCAGCAGAGUCGGUCUUGGAGAAGAAACCCGAUGGAAAAGGUUUCAGAGUGAAACCUAACGUAAAGUUUCAUUUGUUCAUCAACACAGCACCCUGUGGAGAUGCAAGGAUUUUUUCACCUCACGAGGCUGCCAACACUGACGAGAGGGUGGACAAUCAUCCCAAUCGGAAAGCAAGGGGACAACUUCGAACCAAGAUCGAGUCUGGCGAAGGAACUAUUCCAGUGAAGAGCUCGGAGAAAAUCCAGACUUGGGAUGGUGUUUUGGAAGGAGAAAGAUUGAGAACAAUGUCCUGCUCUGAUAAAAUCGCUCGGUGGAACGUCCUGGGUCUGCAGGGUGCUCUUCUGUCUCACUUUGUAGAGCCAGUUUAUCUGACCAGCAUUGUGGUCGGCUCCCUUUUCCACCCCUGCCACAUGUACAGGGCUGUUUGUGGUAGAAUUGAGAACACAGUCCAGGGACUGCCACCUCCUUAUCGCCUCAAUAAGCCUCAUAUGAACCUGAUUAGCUCACCUGAGGUCCGAUUACCAGGCAAAGCUCCUAGUCAUAGCGUUAAUUGGACAAUAGGUGAGGAAGGGCCUGAAGUCAUCAGCUCCAUGACUGGCAAGAACGAAACCGGAGGCGCCUCUCGACUUUGCAAGAGAGGUCUGUUUUCUCGAUUCUUGCGCUUGGUGUCUACGUUGCCAACAGUCACCGGAAUCGGAAGUCCAGGCAACCCUUGCCCACCAACAUAUUGUGAUGUCAAGGCAGCCAUGCAUGACUACCAAAUGGCUAAAAAGCAGCUCUUCAUUUCUUUCCGGAAGGCUGAGUUAGGAGAGUGGUUGUGCAAGCCUGUGGAGCAGGACAUGUUUGAAGUAACGCCAUAUGGUGCAAAUGGCGAGCAAGGUAACGAAAGGGCGCGUUUGAUUGCUGGAGUGGGCGAGUGAGUCGCACGAUGGGAGGGCAAGGCGCAUCCUCCAAAUGCGCCGAACCACUUUUCUGUGCAACACGCCAACGGGUUAGGGGUCUUUGAGUAGAGGCUACCCAGUCCCAAGAGAAUUAUUGAUCUUCCAUUGCGUAUUUUGCCUGUAUUAUGACAUUUGGACAAACAAGUUCCUUUAUGUUUUUAGAAGACUGACUAAAAAUAUUGCGCCGCCUCAAUAUAUUUUUUUCCGUUCCAAGUUCAAAUCUUGUAACUUCAGGUUUUAAUUUCUCCUGAAAUCGAGUAGAUGGAAGUCUUAGGACUAAUAGCUGACUAGCUCAAAUCACCCUAGCCACACCGUGUCCUUCUCAACGUAGCGACCCGCUCACUAUCUCCGGCUUCAGAAAAGAAACACCGAAUAUAUCUGUUUAAAUACCAAGCUUAAAAACUUUUUCAUCGUGAAUUUUAACGUCUGAUCUUAACCACCUUCGUAAGAAAUAAAGCUCUCAUAACCGUGAUGUAACAGGAAUUCAGUUUGCAGUU